AUGGGCCACGCAAAGGCUGGCCAGGUGGACCGCAUGCGAACCCUCUUCUACUCGGCUCUAUCAGCCAACCCCAAGUCCAUCCCCACACUGCACGCAUGGGCGUGCCAGGAGGCCCGACUAGCCACACCCGAGAGCAGAGAGACAGCCAAGGGACUGUUUGUGAAGUGCUUGGAGGUGCAGCCUGGGUGUGUGCGGGCGUUGCAGGUGUGGGGUGUGAUGGGGCAUGCAGCAGGAGAUGUUGAGGCGGCAAGGCGGCUGUUUGAUCGCUGCCUGGAGGCUGCUCCCCACUCAGUCCCCACUCUUCAGGCAUACGCAUGCUUGGAGUGGCAGCAGGGAAACUUAGCCAAGGCCCGUUCCCUCCUAUCACUAGCCCUCUCAGCCCAGCUGGGCAACGCAGCAUCGCUGCAGCAGGCAGCACAGGUGGAGGAGGCGCUUGGGAAUGCAGCUUCUGCGCAUGAGCUCUUUGUGCAAGCUAACCAGGCGGAUAGAAUGGUGGCAAGAAGGAGACAAGGGAUGUAUGAGUCGGCUAAGGAGGGGAGGCAAGAGGAGCAGAGGAGAGGGGCGGUGCCGCGGUGGGUGGUGGGGAAGAUGAGGGAGCGACGGUUGAAGUGGAGGGAUAGGGAAAUUUGA